ACCAUAUCAAAUUAAGAAUGAUCAAUUUUUUUUUCUAACGUCAAAUCAAUCAAAUCAAAUCAAAUCAUAAGUUAGUUAUUUUUUCUCAAUUUAAUUUGAUUCAUCGAUUUGAUUUGACUUGAUGCGUACACCCCUACCAUAAAGUAAUUAGGCUCUAGAGUGGAAAAAAUAAAAUAAAUUUAGUGUGGGCCUAUAUCUAUUCUAUAUACUCUCUGUGUGUGUAUGUUUGCUUAGCUUAGCUUAGCUUUAGAUAGAUAUAGAUAAAAAUGGGAAGCUCCAGUAACAGUAACGAUGAUUUCUCAGUAUUUGUACUUGCAUCGGAUCUUGGUAUUGAUGCCCGACCCUUUUUGACGCGACCCGAAGAAGAUACCUGGUAUGAUUGCCCUGAUCAUGAUGAUGACCACCAAGAUUUUGCCCAUCUUGAUUCACUCCAAUUCUUCCAACUUCAAUCCGGGUCGGAUAAGUCGGGUCGUCGGAUUUUUCGUAUUGUCGGCAAAUACUUCCCUGCUCCAGUUAUAAGUGCGGAGCGGCUGAAAAAGUAUGUCUUUAACAAAAUUUGCACGGAGCUUCCCGAGGGGCCAUUCUGCAUUGUCUACAUGCAUAGUACUGUCCAGACGGAAGACAACAACCCUGGACUGACCAUCUUGAGGUGGAUUUAUGAGGAGCUGCCUUCUGACCAUAAGGACAGGCUCCAGGCUGUAUACUUUGUGCAUCCUGGGUUACGGUCAAGGCUUGUUCUUGCAACGCUAGGCCGAUUCUUUCUAAGUGGAGGCUUGUAUUGGAAAAUAAAGUAUGUUAGUCGACUGCAAUACCUUUGGGACGACAUAAAGAAAGGAGAGCUUGAGAUUCCUGAAUUUGUUGAAAAGCAUGACGACAUUUUAGAGCACAGGCCACUGACUGAUUACGGAAUUGAACCAGAUCCCUUCCACCUAUCGCAGAUGCCACCAACAGCCUACUCGUUCGGGAGACAUGACUCAGGAUGGUCUGCUAGAGAGUACAUGUCGUAGAAAGUCUGCUAGGUUCUUCUGUACAGCAUUGUAACUUCUGUACCAAGUAAGAGUUGUUUUAGUUUAAUGAUGUUUCCACAACUCCCAUGAGCUUUUGUCCUAAAGCUUUCUUCUGAUGUGUUACAAUAAACUAGUACUCCAUAUUCCUAAAUUCUCCCUUUCUAUCUUCUUA